UGUACAUCAUCUCUGACUCGACGCCGGUCUCUUCACACUGUCCACAGUCAGUCGUAUCGCGGACACAGAAGCGCUGGAUUCAAGUGCUUGACCCUGUUGUCCGUGGUUCUGACAGCGUCAGUUCUUCCAGACUGCAGGGUAUUGGACUUGGUCUGGAUGGCUGAUGGACAGGGGCGCAGCAGGCCAAUCACAUGAUCAAAUGACAAGAUGCUGGCUCGUAACCGCUUCCUCCUCCUGGUGGUGGUAGGUGGAGCAGCGCUGGCCAUCCUCAGCCUGAGCCUCCAGUUCUUGAACCUGAUCCCCACCACACCGAUAGUGGAGGAGCGCCCUUUCCAUGCUGCGGAUGGAGGUAUCGGGGUGGCUGUGGGGAAGAGCAGAAAGCGAGUGUUCCCACAUCCACACACCCAGGAGCCCAACCCCAUAUUUGAGGCUUAUGGGUACUGCAACAUUCCCAACCGCACUGAACAGGCCUGGGAGGGUCACAGUCCUGCUGACUACAAGCUGCUGUCUGUCCAUGUGAUGAUUCGCCAUGGUGAUCGCUAUCCGCUUUAUUCCAUUCCCAAGACCAAGCGACCCGCCAUUGACUGCACCCUGUCCACUAGCAGGAAACCCUCCCACCCCCUGCUGGACUCCUUCAUCCAUCACAUGGGCCUGGGGGGUCGCGGCCACUGGGAGUCACCUCUGGGCUCGGUUCCUCGUCUGCCCAGCCACAGUGCCUGUGAGAUGGGAGAACUCACGCAGACAGGUGUGGUGCAGCACCUUCGCAAUGGGCAGCUCCUCCACCACGCCUACAAACAACACAGUCUCUUCCCUUCUGAUUGGGCGCCCCGUCAGAUCUGGGUGGAGACCACAGGGAAGAGUCGCACUCUUCAGAGCGGGCUGGCCUUCCUCUACGGUUUCCUUCCGGACUUUGAUUGGACGAAGCUGACCGUGCGUCACCAGUGGAGCACGCUGUUCUGCAGCUCGGCCUGCGACUGCCCUGCCAGGAACAGGUACCUGGAGGAGGAGCAGAGGAGGCAGUAUCAGCUCAGAGCGGCCGAUACUGAACUGGAGAGAACUUACAUGGAUAUGGCACGAACUUUGGGUCUUCCCACUCGGCAGCUCCGAGCUGCAAACCCCAUAGACUCCCUGCUGUGCCACCUGUGCCAUGGCCUUUCGUUCCCAUGUGUUCCCAUAGGGGAUAGUGGCGCCGGCGGAUGCCUGACUAUGGAACAGUUUGCCGUGAUCCGACGGCAGCAGCUGGACGAUGAGGUGGACCGGAGGAGAGCGGGGCUGUACCACAAAUACGCCAUCCUGGCGAUGUAUCCCUACCUCAACCGAACCGCCGCCAAGAUGGAGCGGAUCGCUAAGAGCAUCGAGGCUGGUCGUGAGCCUCGUUCUGGGGGCGAGGAGGUCUUCACUCUCUCUUCAGCCCAUGAUGUCACAGUGGCUCCAUUGCUAAGUGCCCUGGGUCUCGAAGAAGCCCGGUUCCCAAGGUUUGCAGCAAGAAUUGUCUUUGAACUGUGGAAAAGUCCCCCGACGAUACAAGGCCAAGUAAAAAAGAGAGGUGGAAAAGGUGAGAAGUCAAAGGCCAAAUACGGCGAAACAUUCAUCCGGGUGCUGUACAACGGCGAGGACGUGACAUUUCACACCUCCUUCUGUCGCCCACACGACCGCCACGUCAGCCAGCCUCUCUGCCCUCUGAAAAAUUUCCUGUCUUUUGUUAGGAGAGACAUGUUCAGCGUUGUCAAUGCCACCUCCUACAAGGAGGCCUGCUACAGGCGCCCCGGUUGACAGACGGAGAGGAGGGCGACUGAGUAAAGCUUGAUGGCAGAUGGUUGUACUUUCAUUUAGAACGUGUUUUGAAGACGGUGUACUCUUACUCUGCUCGUAGUGUCUCCACAUUUUAUAACAUAGUCCUUUUACAUUUCUGAGCAUGAAGUGUGACACAAUCACACACAACAUGACCUUCACUUUAUAACCUUUCUACAAGCGUACGAUCAUUUUAUAAAGAUCUGUUCUCGACUCUAUCUGUACAACACAAACAAUUCAAGGGAAGUUGAACAGCACUCAGCCACUUUAUUCCAACAUUCCAUGACAACUUGAAACUGCAACAUUUCAUUAUUUCCAAAUGCCUGUAAGAAAGAGGAAUAUUGAAGCUGGAAAUACUAUGAUGGGAAUAUUUUGUGUAUAAUAAUGUAUUUCAGUCAAAACUUUGGGCCAGUUUGAGCUGUAGAACUCAAGAUGACCAAGUUUUGUUUUAACAUUUAAUCUUUGCAGCAGGCUUUGUUUUUAGCAGUAACAUUCUCACACGUUGCCGUGCGUCUUUUUAUUCUUGGCUUCAUUCAAAUUGUUUGCGGUACUCUAAUAGUGACAGUUUGGUGCUAUUAGUAAUCACGCCCCUCUUCUCAUUUUGGUCUUUCUACUGAGUCUAAUAAACGUUUUUCCGAACAGACGUACGUUACUGUAAAACAGUAAAAUAAAUGCCGUCAUGUUUUAAUGCUCUGUUCUCUUAGUGUUUUUUUUUUUUUUUUCAACUAUGACCCAUUUGGUUUGGAUUUUAAAUACUGAAUAAACAAAUAA